AUGUGGCUUAUUCGAAGACAUCGUUCAUCAACUUUAUCUAUUCUAUUAUCUUUAAUAUUAUCUGUUAUUUUGUUAUACAUAACAUUUUAUGAUAAGAAAUUUACUGAAAUAUUAUCGCUAAACCGUUUUGAACUCGCAGAACAAUUUGAUAGUUCUUCCGUUGAAUAUUUUCGUGUUCAAUUAGAUUUAACAAUAGAUCAUGCGGAAUGUCAAGUCAAUGAUUUUUUAAUUAUAUAUAUUCUAUCAUCCGCAACUAAUUUUGGACGACGAAAUGUUAUACGUUCAACAUGGGGAUCAAAACGAAAUGGUACUUGUUUUGUAUUUAUUAUUGGAGAAAUUGCCGGUGCAACAUAUGAUAUUGGUUCACUUCAAGUAAAACUUAAUAAUGAACGAAGACAAUAUCAUGAUAUUGUUCAAGUAAAUCAUAUUGAAACUUAUGCAAAUGUUGUUUACAAAGAAGUAGCGGCUUUACAAUGGUCAUCUCAAUUUUAUCCAAAUAUUCCCUAUUUAUUUAAAACAGAUGAUGAUCUUAUUAUUGAUUCAAUUAUAGUUUCAUUUAUGGCUGAAUUCUUUGUAACAAAUAAUUCUCAUAAUCAUGUAUUUAUUACAAAACAUAAUUCAUUACUUGUUUCACAUAUGGCGAAAUCUGAUCCAACAACAUUCUUUCGUAGUGGUUGGCCAAUGGAUUAUCAACCAACAGGACGUGGUGGUGGAAAAUUUUCUAUUAAUGAAACUAUUUGGCCAUAUGAAUUUCUUCCUCCGUAUUGUUCUGGUUUUGGUUGGUUUAUGUCGAAUAAGAUUCGUGAUAAACUAUUAAGUACAGCAAAGACGUAUCCGUUAAAUAAAAUUGUUUGGAUAGGUGAUGUAUUUGCAUCAGGAUUUCUAGCUAAAGCAGCACAUGUUAAAUGUACACGUAUUCCAAUUGAUUACGAUCAACCAAGAUUCGCUAAUUGUUCAUGUCUAUUUGCUAAUAAUCCAAUAUUAACUGUAUGUGGAUCAACAUUUCAUGCUGGUAGAGGUGGUACAACAGAAAGCAAAUAUGAUGAAUAUCGAAAAUCUUGGGAAGUUAUUCAAUCACGUCAUAAUUCAACACAAAUGAUAACUGUUGAUUGUUAA